AUGACCCAGAGUCCAUUCGCCCCAUUCGGCCACCAGAACAUGGCCCCUACUGCUGCCGGCCUGAAGUCGAAGCGAAAGAGGAUGUCCUGGGGCGCGGAGGAAGAGCAGUCGGGUUCCAAGCACAUGCGCGUUCGAUCUCCCACCAUGCAAUACUCAAACUACGCUGUGCCCGACUUGGUCGCCGACCACUCGAAUAAUGCGUCCGACGACGACCAGGUCAUGGACAUGGACCAAGAUAUGGACAUGGCCGACUCAUCAUCCGCUGUCGGACCUUCUUCGCCCGUCGACAACUACUCGCAAGGCAGCUAUGCCUAUGAGAGCGGAGGUAGCGGGGGUUUCGGUUUCGGCCCCGGGGCAGAGGAGGAUGGCUUCGAUGAUCUGGAUAUGAUGGAUGACAUGGGUGCCAAGCACACAAAAAACUUUCCUUCCCUCACUCCUCAUCCCAACCCUCAUCACUUUUCCAACCAAGGGACCGGCAUGCGUGGUACUUCUCCACUUGCUGCGCAGGCCUUUAGCACUGGUCUUCCCGCCCCUCCUACCAGAGGCGUCUACCAGCCGACCGCAUCUGGGCCUCUCGCUGCCAACGCAACAGACAUUGACCGGGCUAGGUCCCAACAUGGGCCAUGGUGCAAGAGUAUUCCCAAGCUCAUCAUGAGCGAGUACCCGGGUGCCAACGGUAAGCGGUCCAUGUGGACUGUCUGCAGUGACUGUGGCGCUUGUGAGCAGACCACCGAUUAA